AUGGACGUUAGACGACAGAACUGUUUGUAUUUUCGGAUACUACGCGAUGCGUUGCCUCUGUCUGCAAUAACUAAUGGUUCAGGUGCCGCCUACACAUCAAUCUAUCUUCCGGAUGACAUUCCCGAUUUGGCCGAGGCCAAUGACGAUAGCUACAACUCAGACACCACAAGUAAUCCACUGCCCUGGUCAGUAUUCUUGCUACAACAACUCAGCAAAUCCUUCUGUACCAGACUUUGCCAGUGGACAUCGUUGCAUCCGGCGCUGUUGGACAGGGAAUGUAGCAGUACGUCGCACUCAUUAAACAAUGGAACAGGCCCUGUAACGUCGACUGUGGCGGAUGGGGCUGCACCGAAGCGCAUUUCUAAUGGUGGUCAGGAUAGCAGUACACUAACGUCGACUAGCACCAGUCGUCGUCAUCCGACAGAGGGGAUGCAUUCAUCAGAAGCACAAACUAAAGGCAAGCAGGUCGCUUCGAACAAAUCAGGAGGCAGCCGUUAUCCCAGGGAGGAUCUCUCGACGAGACUGGAGAACAACGUUCGUCGCCUUCGUACUGAGGUCCAAUCAAUGCGCGCAGUCGAGUCACAAUUACGUAAUCAGCUGACUCAUUUAGAACGAGAGGACAGACUAAACCGACUUUGUUUGUCCGACCAGAGGGAGAAGCACGAAGCACUAGUAACGGAAUUGGCCAAAUUGUCCGCACAGUGUCGAACUGAACGGUCGAAUUUAGCCAGUAUGGAGCAGAGUUUGGCGGACGAGAAGCGUUUGAGGCAAUCACUAGAAGAGCAGCUAGUUGAGGAUACAAAAGAAGACUUGCGAUCUUCCCCUCCCGGUAGCCCAUCCGUUUCUGAGCAUUCACAACCUAAUCGUCCCGGGAUUCAAGCGGUUUUGGAUGACAGUCGGACGCGAGUAGGAGGUCCACCCGCGGAGGUCUUAGAGGCCAGUUGUUGUCAACACCGGCAUGCUCUUGAAUCAGAAGUAUACACUCAACGAGUGGCAUUAAGGCAGCUGGAUGAACAACUGCGAGUCCUGUCAAGCAGCAGAAACCGUCAGAAUCAAACAGUGGGUCGGGGCCGAUCUAUGCAGUUAAACUUGAAACAGACAAUAGCGAUGAAUGCAGUUGAGGAGCAGCGAUCCACACAAAUAUCCCGACCUCCACCUUCCAGCUCUACCGAAGACCCUAUCGAUCAACAGACAUUGUUGCAUUGGUUGCAGACGGCAAAAGCAGAAGCGGAGCGUUUGGCAAACAAAUUACGACAACAGAACUGGAUGAAGCAAGAGCUGCUCACUUCCUAUCAUAACUCCGUGCGCGAAAUCAACGAGCUCAGCAAAACCCACAAACAGCGCGACUUACAAAUAUUAGAAUUAACGAUGAAGGCCGAGCAACUCGAGUGUCUGUACGCACCAAGGAACACUGGGGAAAGAAACCGACCGGGUCGUGUUAAGCGAGACUCUGCGCAGUUUGGAGAAAAAUCACUCAGUAAAAUGUCUCUGGCAUUCCCCACGGCUUGUUCGAUUUCCCACUCGAAUCCGUCAUCACAGAUUUCAUCAGAAUCGACAAUUUGGGGACUAGACGAUGCGCUGUCGUCUGGCUAUCUCGUUUCAACCCACUCACCAAUUGAACGAAAUCCUCCAAUUUUCAGUCAACCGUUUCACACAAGCAGCUCGGACCCGUCGUAUUCCAGCUCACUGCACUUAGACAAACACACAGAUCAGUAUGAUGUGGCUACCUCAGGUCUGGGUUGCCCCCAGAGCUUUUUCUCGCCGACCGCGGUAAGCAGCGAGCUGUCCGGACAAACGGGUCUGGAUCCUUGUACAUCCUCAACGCAUUUCACCGAUGCUACUGGCUGCGCUGACUUUAUCAUGACCAAACAUACCAGAUCAAAUGGUCUUGGAAGCAUGCAGCGACUACCGACCGAGUCGCAUUAAUCACCUUGUUUUGUCCUUUCUAUACCCCCAUCCAUCACAUUAUACUGAAGGUCCGACAACCAGUUCACACACACACAUACACACCUGCGGAAUGGGCUGAUGGAAAUCCGUUUGUCUGUCCUACGGUUUGUCUCGUUUACCAACUGUGUGCUUGUAUGUAUGGUCCCUAACUAAUAGAAAUUCAGUGGGCAUUUUGUGAAUGACUCCCAUCUCACGGCAAACCGGCCUCCACGCAAGAAAAUUGUAGUACGCACACUCAGACAACCACGUGGUUUUGUUCUCGUAUUGGUUUUCUGGCUUGUCUCUCCCUCUCUACAACUACGUUCAUUCUGGUGGCGCUCCUAUCGUCGUUUCGAUGGGCUUUUUGUUGUGGUUCAGUUAUUUUUCUGUCAUGCACACACACAGCCAGUCAUUUCACUCAGCGCCCGCUGUCGAGGGAAUGUAGACGAUGGAAGUGGGAAUAAGAACGCGAAACGGCUGCAACUAUACCGACCGACCCCAGCGCUUCUGGCAAAGGACGGUUUUCGGUCUUUCUGCAUUUGUCAACCAACCGAUCCCCUACCAUUAUUACUAUUAUUAUUAUUGCUAUUACUACUAAUACUAAUACCAUAAAUGCUUACAAAUACUCGUGA